AUGUUCACUCUUAGCCCCCUUCGUUUUCUCUCCUCCGCUGCUGUCGGACAUGCUCCUGCCGCCUCCGACACUCUCACCCUCCACAAGUCGAUCUUCCAGGCGUACGCAAUCAAGUGGGACAAACGCGACGCAGACCAUCCGAACCUCAGCCCCCACAUGAAGUCCGAAUGCGUCCCAAAGCUGCUUGAGGACCUCCACGCAGCGGAGCCCAGGACGCGACGUGCUUCACACGCCAUGUACGCCUGGAGGGUGCGUCCAGACCGCUCGACCCCCACUCCUCUCGUCGGCUCUUCCAACGGUGGCGAGGCGGGCGCGGGCGAGCGUCUGGAGCGGCUGCUCGAGCUCGGUCACUGUGAAGACGUCGUUCUCGUCGUCUUCCGGUGGUAUGGCGGAGUGAAGCUUGGGUCCGACCGGUGGAAGUGCAUCUCUUCGGUGGCGAAGGAGGCUCUCGACCGUGGGGGCUUCCUGUCCCGCCCGAGCGGAGAAGAUGGCGACCAAGCACCGAAGGGCAAGCGGCGGAAGUAG